GCUGUCUUGAACACUGUGAAUAUCACGAAUGUAGCAACUUGACAAGUAGGAAGUAAAGUACAAUAAAAAGAAGGCGCAGGAAGCAGAACGGACGAGUAGAGAGUGCACGGAAGCUUCAAUAUGACAGUGAUCGCAAGCCCAGGGAUGACAGCCAGCAGACAUGUACACCAACAUGACGCCGACCGGUUCACGGACGACCCAACACUUCCCUUCUCCUGGACGCUGCAUAGAGCAUCCACAACAACGAGCCGAAUUCAACCGCGCACCGUCUCCCGCAACGCUGCUGCCACAACGGGAAUAUUCCAACAAGUCUAUUCCUAUGUACAUCCAUUUGACAAGGACGACUCUGACUUUCCCUCCCGAGUAUGUUGUUCCCUCUGCAUGGAGGUCUAUGCCACACCCAUUCGCCUCCCAUGCUGUCGCCAGCUCAUCUGCUCGACAUGCGUGAGAAGAUGGCAGAAGCAGAAGCCAACCUGCCCAUGGUGCAUCAAACCGCUGGAAGGCAAAAAAAUGGAGGUUGAUCGGGAUGUCAAACAUGUUGUAGACGACUUGGAUGUAUAUUGCGCGCACAGGAGACAGGGAUGCCAGUGGGUAGGACCUCGGAAAUAUCUUUUAGUUCACGUCGCAGAAGAGUGUUUGGUAACUAGAGUUCUGGCAGGAAGAACGAUACAGUCUCGCCCGGAAACUCUGUUCUACCUCUCUCUAAUUGACAAUCCAUCGAGUGUCCAGGCCGCAGUCAAGGACCUGUAUCCCCGCGCAUCGUCGAUCGUCGCAUCGAUCAUACCAGCACGUUACCGUGGUCGUGGAAGAGUACGACGAAGCAGUUUGCAGCAUCUCGCAGCUGACAUACCUCCGAGAACAUCGUCUGUCGGUGCGAAUGGUAUUUCCGUGGUUCCACCAGGCCGUCCUGUUCCAUUCAAACGGGCAGGCGCGAGAGGUAGCGUCCUGGUACCUACACGUAGCGACAGCUUUGGCGCCACUGAUGAUCAGCGCGAUGGAGACGUUGUGGAACCUGGAGUUGGGUCGGAUGGAGAGUCAAAGGAAGCACGGGAAGGAGAAGAAGAGAGGGAUGACAAUCCCGCUGCCUCUCCGUCCACUCCCUUAUCUUUCUUUGACUCCAUCCUCGCCUCGCAAGCUAAUGAAAACCUUGAAGACGAGGAGCAUCUAAGCCUCUCACUAUAUUUGGAACAACAGCGCCGAAGUUGGUCUUCGGGUGAUGACAGUUCCAUGAUGCCCAUGGGACUGAGUAGCGAAGAAGAAAGCGAAGAAGAGGAUGAGGUUGUGAAAGCGAAGCGGGCACAGUUGGGAGCGUCUCUUUAGAUUUCUUUUCCGUAUGUAGAUUUAGAAGUAGUUUCUCUUAAUAAUGAAUUGUCUAUAGCUCCAACCGUACACGAUAUAUAAUAAUUUGCCUCAUUAUGAAAUUACGAUAAAUAGUUUAAACCCUCACCAGAAAUAUCCCUUCCAAUCAUUCUUCAAC